CCCAAGAUCCCUUUCUCAGACCUUUCCCUUCUCUCGGACUCUCUCCUGAUCUCCUUUUCUCGAGACCUUCCUUCCCUGGCGGCAACGCCUGGGCCUGGGCGAGCGGCGGUCCAGCCCUUUGUCGGCGACGAGCGCAUCCUCGAGAAUUAUCGGGUGUACAUGUCCUAUGCUGAUCCGGCCCUGCAGGACGUGCUAGCUGUGAAGUGUGCGGAGAUGUACCGUGGCAGUCUUGAUCGCUUCAAGAAGGCGCAGACCUUGGAGCCCUUCUCGGUACAGUCUGGGUCGGGCGCCAAGAAUGCACCUGCAGGUGCAAGAACAGCAAAAGCGCCACCUGCUCCAUUGACAGUGCCGCAGAAUUCUAAUUUCGUGUCAGGUCAGAACCACCAAAGUCUGCAAGGCGUCAGCUCGAGGGUGGCUGGGCAAGAUGAUGUUGCUGCUGGGCAUGUUGGGUCACAGAUUGGUGGAGGGCAGUCGAUAUGGCAGCCUCCAGACUGGGCGAUUGAGCCGCGCCCUGGGGUUUACUAUCUUGAUGUGUUGAAAGAUGGGGAGGUCAUUGAUAGGAUCAAUCUAGACAAGAGAAGGCAUAUAUUUGGGAGGCAGGUGCCUGCUUGCGAUUUUGUGUUGGAUCAUCAGUCUGUUUCACGCCAGCAUGCUGCUGUCAUUCCACACAGGAAUGGAAGCAUCUAUGUUAUCGACUUAGGAUCAGUUCAUGGCACAUUUGUUGCAAAUGAGAGAUUAACGAAAGACAAUCCUGUUGAACUUGAAGUUGGACAGUCACUUCGCUUUGCUGCAUCAACCAGAAUCUAUAUACUGCGAAAGAACACAGCUGCACUGUCCCCAACUCCUAGCCUUCCAUCAGAUGUCAGUUUGCCAUCUCCUCCAGACCCCAAUGAUGAAGAUGCUGUUGUGGCAUACAAUACAAUACUUAACCGCUAUGGUAUUAGUAAAUCUGACCUAUCGUCUAGUUCCAAAGGUUCAUCAGGAGGUGCCUCUGGUGCAAAUGAUGAUAACCAUACAGUUGAAAGGCCCUUAAAGAGAAGCAAAAAGUUGAGAGUGUCCUUUAGAGAUCAGGUUGGAGGAGAACUUAUCCAAGUGGUCGGCAUUUCAGAUGGUGCAGAUGUUGAAACUGAACCAGGCCCUAUAGGUAUGAAGGAAGGUAGCCUUGUUGGGAAGUACGAAUCUCUUGUACAGGUUACUGUCAUACCGAAAGGAAAGGAGCAAAUUUCACCAAAAGGAAGUACCUCCCCAAGCGGGGUAACGGAUAAGCUACAAGAGGUUCUUAAAAAAGUUAAGAGCACAACAAGAAGUGGAAUUUAUGAUGACCUUUAUGGGGAUUCUAUUCCAGCAAAAGUGGGCUCUUCUUGGGCAUACAAAUCAGAUGAUCAGUCAGAUAAAGACAAAGCUGUUGAGAAGACACAUAUCUCGAAUUCGAACAUGAACUCAGCUGAUGAUAGUGAUGACUUGUUUGGUGACUCAUGAUCCAGCAUUUUCAACAAAUACAACCAAAUGGAUUUUCAGAAAUUCAUGGAGGAGUUCUGUUUGUCAAGGGUAUUUUUCUCAGUUCUACAUGGUUAUACCCUGCUGCAAAUCAAGGUAUGUUCUUUUGCUUAAUGUUAGGAGCUUAGGACAUGCUUUCUUAUGGUGAUGCUCAUGGUGAGUUUAACCUUGUUUAACUUUUUAUUUUCUUAAUCACCUUGAACCUUUGACCUCCCUUGUUUCUUUUGCUCAACCUGCUGUUAUAAGACCUUUUCUUGUUCGUGAUAUUUUACUUGUUGAAAUGUUCUAAUGUGCUGCCUUGUGAUGAUCUCCUUGGGUUUCCACAAAUUUAAAGAUGGAAAUGAAAAGAUGGGGAUUUGUGUUUGCAUCCUGGAGAUUUUCUGUCUUGUUUCUUCUUAAUAUUUGACAUGUAGCUCGCCUGCAUUGUAAGCCAUCGAGGGGGGAAAGAAUUUCUGCAUAGUUAGACCAUAUUUGUGUUGAUCCUUGAUUCCCAUUGGUUAGAUAGUAAAUUUGAUGGCAACCUAACCGUUCCUUCUAUUUUAUGGUGUUUUAUUGCUUUGGGUGAUGGCUUGUAGUUGGAAAACAUGCAUGUCGAUAAGUAGUAUCCUAUCUUUAUGCAAAGUAAUUCCAUUGCUGCAUGUGGUUUGCUUCAUUCUGUAAGAUUAAUUUUAUUUUAUGAUCAGAUCCAGGUGUUGAAAAUACCAAAUAUGGUGAAAUUUUUCUUUCCAGUUUGCUUGGACCAAAAUUUUGUAGACAUGUUAUACAGGUAGUUCAGGAGGAAAUUAUCAUAGUGAUAGUUAGCGACCCUAUAACUUUAAAUAUAAAACAGAAAAAAUAAGAGUUUUUUUUUGGGAAAAGAACAAGAAUGGAAAAGCUAUAUUCUGACAAUUAUUCUGAUAUUAAUGAGUUUGGAUAUCUGAUGAGUGCAUUUGAAAAACCAAGAAUCAAUAAUGCAUCACUGGUGGACUAGGAAGCAUUGAUCUGACAACAUGCGGAUUAACUGAAGCCUUUGUGGUCUCUAGAUAUGGAACAGAAACAAAAUAAUGAAUCAUUUGAGACCAUUACUUGGUUACUUAAAUUGCUGAUAUGAUUGGGUGCUACCAAAAAUAGGACUACUAUGCUUUCCAUAUAAUCAAUCACGUUCGAAAAUGUAAACAACAGAACCCUACAAACUGUAACCUGCAGUGCCAUUCCACGUUUACUCAUUCCAAAUAAAGUACAUAUCUUGAAGCAUAGUACACUCAAAAGUAAAAUCAUCUUGAACAUGCACAAUCCCCCUUUUCAUAUUUGUUCCUUGGGUUAUCACCAGGUAUAGCAAAGGCUAGAGCUUAGCCAUAAAGCUGCUCUAGUCUUGUGUUGGUUAGACAAAUAUGCCCUGGAUACAAAGAGGUUGCUGAUUAUAGAUUACUAUCAAAAUAUUGUGGUUUAACAGUAGCAAUUUUCAUAAUGUGAUUAUUAUAUUUAAUUGACAGAAUGUUUUUUUUUAUGUAUGUGGAGUCAGGUUUAACUAAAUAUUUUCUGGUUGUGCUUCUGGGUUAUUAUAAAAUAUAGAUGGAAUUAUUAAUUAUAAGGGAUCAUGGAAGAGUAUUUCGAACUACAAAUGUGUCUGGAAGUAGAUUUACUGUUAGCAAGUCAUAGUAAAAAUUGUGGAAAUUCUUAAUGGGCCAUUGAGCUCUGUGAAUGAACAUACAUCUGUAGUUAAGUUUUAAAUAUCUGCCAUUUUCUUUGUUGCUACUUUACCUGGACAUUUAAUAGCUCUCUGAUGCGUCCCAAACAUCUUGCUCCAUUCUAAACUAUAUUCUUGAAUCCUUUCCAGGUAUCUGAAAUCCUUCCCUCCUGCAGUCAGUCUGUUUUUUCUUGCGAGAAAUGCCUGCUGAUCUUGUAACAGGAUUGAGAACAAGAAACAGACAGAGUUCUUAUGGUUGCUGAAUUAUGUAAAACUCCCUUGAAAUGUGCAACAGUAUUUUGCAAUGUGAUGGAAAUAGUUUAAAUAUUUUUUGGGUAAACUUGCUUAGGUACCGAGCAUGAGGUUUUGCUGGAUAUAAGCUAACCAAGGCGCUAUUGUAAUAUUGACCUGGACAUGUAAGUGGCAUGUUAAGGUUAUGUCUGCAUCAUGAACCCCAACAGCAUGAUCAGUAUUUUAGCCACAACAUUGGCUCGCGUACCUCUGCGGCUUUGGCACCAGCUUGUGGAAUGCUGGAGGGUGUUACUAAUCAUGGGUAUUCGAUGAGAUGAUGCCUCCAGUAUUGGAGAUAGCAAUA